AUGGUGGGGCACACUCCACCCAGGUGGCCUUCUGGGACGGCCACGGUGCGACAGCACCCUACUACACAGCCACCCGCGUGCCCUCACCACACGUGGCCGUCCGGGACGGCCACCCGGCACACACGCUCCCAAACACCUGUGCCGAGCAUCCGCGCCGCUCUGUUCACACGCGGCCCUCCGGGACGGCCAUUCAGCAUGUCACAUAUACAACCAUUUCACUCCACCACAUGCAUGAUUGUCGUCACCACUAAGACAUGCAUCACGCACAUGUAG